CUACCUUAGCCUUGAUCCUCCCAUCCUUCAUUCCCCCAACAUCUCCCAAGGUACUCAUCACCGACAGUGACAGAUGGCCAUUAGGGGAGAGACUUUUUAAAUCAGCAACAUCCAUAUCCUUCUGUCAACGAUUCAUAACGAUCUGUGGUUCGACUCAAACAGGCCUGAGCCAACUCUAUCUUCUCUGACUCACGAUUUCCGCGACUGACUCCGUACUUCCUUCUACCUUCCGCGGCAUUAAUAAGUAUUAACAUAUCUACUGCCUUGUACAGUAAUAGUACAAUGUCUGCUUGUCACUAGAUGAUACAGACUUCAGACCUCGUCAAAAUUCUCUCACAGACACGGUUCUCUCAAUGUGAUACCUGUGUACAAGUUUCAUCAUUUAUAAUAAUUUACUUCUGUCCUCUUGAGUUCUGACCUUUUUUCAUCUUCAAUGGAGCAUCGAUGCAAGAGGAGACUACAAUCAAAUUAACAAUCAGCCAACAAAUAAUUUAGCUUUAAUAGUUCUCGAUCUUUAAGGAUCUUCUUACAGCUAUGAUCGACUUAAGGUUUAAAGAAAUAUUCUAAUUUAUUUAUCAAAAUAGUACAGGCACAGUAAUUAAAAUAGUGCCUAAGAUGAGGAUAAAAGUUUCACGGAAAACGAAAACCACUUUAAAGAGCUUCAUGGAAAGCUUGAAGUUGCUGAUGUUAAGUCCCUUACAACAAGGGAAAGCUCAGUCGCAGUGAAGAUGACGAUGCUAACAGAACACAGUAUCUCAGUUAUGAGAGAGUUGAACAAAAUUUUCUGUUUGUUGUUACUUUUCCUUUUGCUACAGAAAACAGUGCUCGCCACUAACUGUGUGAAUGAGACUUUCACUGAAGUAAGAACAGAAUGGGAAUACAGCUUUGCAAAUAUCAGUUACCGUUAUAAUAUAACGGAGGGAUCAGUCUAUUCCGACAAAUUUGACCUGCUGUUCGAGGUGUGCGAAGGUCAGGAAACUACACUCCACUGCACGUUUUUCUGGAGAAAACAGUCGAAAAAUCCAAUCGUUUUUAGGACAUUGAUCUCGGGGAAUGAAACAAUUUGUUUUGCGAGGCAGAUUGACGAUAUCAGCACCUCUGUCACAACAUAUGAAAUCCAGAUCUCACAGCUCGUGCGGCGACCUCUGACCUUCUUUAAGCUGUCCAUAACUGACGAGAAUAACAAAGCCGAUGUAUUACGUCUCAUAUGUGUUGAAGUACUAUACCCCCCGAGGAUCACAAGUCUUACUGUGGACGACCAUGAAGUUAACGGUGAUUAUCUGAUACAAAAAGAUCAGGAGGUCAUCGUUACCUGCCUUUUUGACAAAGGAAACCCUCCAGUGCCUGUACGUCUGCUAAACAAACACGAGAAGCAUUUGAGCAGUUCUAAAGAUAGUGGACAAGUCAGCAUUUCUGUUGUUGUCAGGUGUGAAGAUGAAUGGCCAAUGGUCCUGUGCAAAAGCGACGACUCGGAAUACAAAAGAUUUGUGUCCUUUCUUGUCAGAUGUCCUCCUCAGUUUCUCGAGAAGUCUACAAAAAUCAUCCGUCCCUCUUCUCUUGAGAACAUAACCUUCCUCGUCAAGACUCACACUGCCAUCGUUGACGAAUGUCUUUUGACAUCUCAGUUUCUGAAAGAGGACGAAACAAGGAAAGUGAACUGCACCUUAAGUGGAAACACUCCUAAUUUACACUUGCACCUGCACCUGACCAACAUAACCCAGGGUAGCUGGAUCCUAACUCUUCGCAAUGAAGUAGGCUCUGCUAACACAAGUCUAUUCAUCGCUGAUGUUUCAAGUAAGUAGCUUAAAGAAAUAUAAAAAUAAAAUGGUAAAUGUCUUACAAAAAGAUAUAUUUUAAAAUAUAUUCCCAUUUUCUUACCUAUGAUACUGACAGAAGAAAAAAGACCAAUUUCUUUGGUUGUAAGACAUUAUAUAGAAAAUCCUGAAAAUACUUUAAAAUUAAUGAUGCAGACUCAUUCAGGAAUAAAUCUGAUGCAUACAGCAUUCACCACUCAGUUAUCCUGCGUUAAUUUUAAAAAUGUCUGUAACAUGAUUUAAAUAAAAUAAAUGUGAAAUGACAAAGCUGUGUGGUUGUUUUGACUGAGUAUUCAAUAGAGAAUUUAGUCCCAUCUGGCUGCCUCUGUAACUUGACCGAAUCGUGUGUUCCGGAAUUUCUUAUUUUCUUCGGCCAAUAAAAAGUUCUAACGGAAGUGAGUGUUACAAAGUAAGCGAUGGACUGAGAGGCUACGGAGAUAUUACUAUGUGAUGAUCCGCCAGCGACAAUAAUUUAAUCAAAAACAAGACGAAAAUGAAUCAAAGACUCAGAAGGACUUCUGUGUGUUACCAACAUCCGAUGUGAAGGUAACAAUUAGUAUUCAUGAUCAUUGAAGGAGGAAAGUAAAAGAGAAUGAUAACAUGAAGGCAUGAUAUGUAUGUGCUUAUUCAAACUUAUUAUCUCUCUUUGUCUUUAUUAACUUUUGUUCUCUGUCCCAAUCUGCCUCACUAGACUUCUCUUUCUCUCAUUCCUUCACCUAUACAAAGGAAAGGGGGAAUGAGAUUUGUCGAUAACAUCCGAUAUUAAUUGACAGCACAAAUAAUAGGUUUGUCCCAGCUGGAUCAUGAAGUGUGCGGUGACCAAUCAAAUCUCAACAACAGCAGAGUAUCAAAUUCAAGAACCUUACUUGUUCCGUUUAUUGUGUUCAUAAAUAGUUUAUCUAUUUAAAUUAUCUAUUACCACAUUUAUGAUAUAAUUUGUUUCAUCAGAUUGAUGACUUUAUAACGCUUUUACGAAUAAGGUUAUGCUAUCUUGUCGACAGGGUGGUCAGAUGUUCAGACACCCAUUACAAAGUCUCAUCAGUCGUCAUCAGCAAAAGUGAUUCUUCAAUGAAUGUGGUAAAUGAUUAAAACUUUAUGUCGCUCGGAUGUUAACUUGAUCGGUGGCCCGGAAUAUUUCUCCAAACACCAAUCAACAAAACACCCAAUAGUUUUUUUUAAGAACACCCUUCUUUAGCCAGAUUUUUCAUUAUUACUUUGCACAGUGUUAUAUCAAUAAGUCAUUAUAAUUUUCUAUGAAAAAGUUUACCUUAUGAUAAUUGUAAGAAAUUAGUUUCAGCUUGAUUUCCUUCUUUGGGUUUAGUCAGCACUCUUUGCAAUGACUAGUUUCUUUAUGGGCGUAUAUCCUAAACUUUUACAAAGUCUCUCUUGUUAUUGUGACUCUCCAGGCAGACCUACUAAUAAAUUUAAAUAAACCGAACAAUUUUCACAUAGUUUAACCAAAUCCU